AUGGACGAAGAAGAGGCGCGGAAAUCAAAAUUUCGAGUCAUUAUAGUUGGAGGCUCAGUUGCUGGGUUGACUUUGGCACACUGCCUGGCUAGAGCGGACAUCGACCACAUAGUAUUGGAAAAGCGAGCUGAAAUUAGUCCUCAGGAAGGUGCCUUUAUUGGUAUUUGGCUCAACGGAGGCCGAAUCCUCGACCAGCUUGGACUCUAUGAUGAGCUCAAGAGCGCUACUGCGCCUAUUCAUAAAAUGCAUGUCCGUUUUCCAGAUGAGUUUGUAUUCAACAGCCUACUACCAUGGGACAUUUAUGAAAGUCGGGUUCGGUCCGAGACGUGGCGAUUAGCAGAGGCAACGCAGUCAGGCAUUGCCACUACCCUGGAAAGAAAUGUCGAAUACGCGUGCAUCUUUGGGAUUUCUGAACAGCUAGCUGGACUCAAGAUCGGGGAGCACAUCAACUCAUACUCGAAGGGGCUGUGCGUGAUAACCUUCCAUGGAAGAGAGAGCCGUGUCUUCUGGUUCAUUCUCGUGAAACUUCCGCAAAAGUCAGAAAAUCCCAACACUCCUCGGUUCUCAGCAGACGAUGCAGCGAAGUUCUGCCGCAAAUUUUCGCCUGUCCGAGUCACCGAACACGUCUGUGUAGGUGAUCUUUGGGCAACCAGAACGUUUGCAUCCAUGACGGCGUUAGAGGAAGGCCUACUGCAAACGUGGCAUUUCAGUCGCUUUGUUCUUUUGGGAGACAGUGUUCACAAAAUGACCCCGAACAAUGGACAGGGCGCAAAUACUUCCGUGGAGGACGCAGCGAUGCUAGCCUCACUUCUUAGGGAGGCAUUGAGACUGAACCUCGAAUAUUGCAAUGCCACGCUCGCCCUGGAUAAACUUCUGGCCGAAUUUCAGUCCAGAAGAUAUAACCGGGUAAAAGGUACAUAUCUCAGAUCGGAGUUUGGCGCCAUGCUAGGUCGGCAAGCUCUUUAA